GUCAUGGAAACCCAUUCCAUGAAGCUCUCUACGCACUGGUGUUGUGCUAAGCUGAGGCCACAUGAAGUUUGGAGGUCUUUAGCUACUGCCUCUGUGGACAGUUGGCGACUUCUGCGCACUGUGCGCUUCAGCAUGCCCCACUCUGUCAUUUUACAUGGCAUACCACUUUGUGGCUGAGUUGCUGUUGUUCCCAGUUGCUUCCACUUUGUUAUAGUACCACCAACAGCUGACCAUGGAAUAUUUAGUAGCAAGGAAAUUUCAUGAACAGGCUUAUUGCACUGAUGGCAACCUAUCAGGGUACCACACUUGAAUUCACUGAGCUCCUCAGAGUGACCCAUUCUUUCACACAUAUUUGUAGAAGCAGUCUGCAUGCCUAGGUGCUU